AUGUCGUUUCAAGAUUCAUCAUUGACUCCUCCAACAACGGUGGAUGAUCUUAUUGAUAUUGAGUUGUUGCUUGGUGACAUCGGGGAAGAGGAGACAACGGAUGGAGGUAAUUUAGAGCUUGGUGAGAUGAUGGAUAUGGAGGUUCCAGUUCCGAGUGAUACAACUACUCAAACCAACCCCACUGAUAAUACUACUACUCAGACCCCCACUCAAAAUACUGCAAACACAAACAUUGAUGCUUCAACCCCUCAAGUUGCCCAAGCUCAGAGUUCCCAGAGUCAGAGAAAUGCUGAUGGUAGAGCUCCACGUCCCAAAAAAUCUGCUGUUCAUUCUAAAAUGGUGCUUAUUGUAGGUCCAGAUGACAUUAAGAAGUGGAAGUGCAGAUGGUGUGGAAAGCUUUACACAUAUGAUGCAAAGUGGAAGAGUACCUCUAAUGGUAAGAAACAUUUAGAUGCUUGUAUUCAGAGAAGGGUUAGAGAAAUUGCAGCACACAUGAUUCUAGGUCAUGAAUUUCCCUUUUCUGUUAUGGAAGGUGUUAUUUUUAAUGAGUUUCUAAAAGAGAUUUAUCCAUGGUACAAAAAGAUUACUAGGCAACAGGUUAAGUUUGAUUGUGAUACAUUUUAUGAGGCUGAGAGAAUUAAAAUGAAAAGGUCUAUGGCUUUGAUUAACAGGGUCAGUCUCACCACUGACUUGUGGUGGUCUGGUGAACAGAGGGUAGGCUAUAUGACUGUGACUGGUCAUUUCGUUGAUUCAAAAUGGCAGCUUCAUAAAAGAGUUUUUUCUUUUAAGAAUGUGCCACCACCACAUUCUGGAGAGGUUUUGUGCAGGGAACUGAUAAAGGUAAUGAAUGAUUGGGGAAUAAGGGGUAAGGUAGCAUCUAUUUCUGUUGAUAAUGCCAGUGCGAAUGAUAAUUGCAUUUCUAGGUUGAAGAGAGAUUAUUCUGGUAGGAGAAAUUUACCCUUAGAUGGUAAGUUAUUUCAUGUAAGGUGUUGUGCACACAUCUUAAAUUUGUUGGUGCAGGAUGGACUUGAUAUGAUUAAGGUGUCUGUUGAUAAGAUAAGAAAUGGUGUCAAAUACUUGCUCAAUUCUGAAACAAGAUGCAAAUCAUUCAAAAAGAUUGUUGAUGAGUUGCAACUUGAAGGCAGAAUGCAAGUGUUGGAUACAAAGACUAGGUGGAACUCAACUUGGUUGAUGUUGUCUACUACAUACCAUUACAGAGAAGUGUGGCCUAUAUAUGCUGAGGAAAAUGGUGCAUUUCUCAGUUUUUUGCCUGAUGCAAAUGAUUGGGAAGAUGUUCAUGAUAUUUGCAAGUUUUUGGAGGUUUUUGCUGAUGUGACAUCAAUUAUUAGUGGCACAUCUUACCCUACUGCUAAUCUGUUUUUGUCUGAGCUUUACAGAGUGAAGGUUUCACUUGAUAAUCCUUCAAGUAUCUCACAUAAUCCUCAGUUGCAGGCCCUUGCUAGUGAAAUGAAGUUGAAAUAUGACAAGUAUUGGUCAGAGUCUAAUACAUUGAUUUCGAUUGGUGUAGUUCUUGAUCCAAGGUAUAAGAUGAUCUGCAUCAAAUGGGUAUACCCUUUUUUGUAUCCAAAUCCCACUCAAUCAGAUACAUAUCAACAAGUGUUGUCUGAAAAUUUAAGUACCCUCUUCCAAUUGUAUCAAGAUUCCUAUGGAACCAAUGAUGCAACUACCCCUACUGCUGCAUCUGAAUCUCCAGAAGUAGGAUCUACUUCUGGAUUGGGAAGGAGGAACUUUGAAAUGUUUUUAGAAACUGUUGUGGGUAAUAAUUCCAAAACUGAUCUUGAAUUAUAUUUUGAGGAGCCUCCUUUGAAAGUUCCCCCUAAUGCUAAAUUUGAUGUUUUAACUUGGUGGAUGGGAAAUGAGGCCAAAUAUCCUGUUCUUAGUAAAUUGGCAAAGGAUAUCCUAACUGUUCCAGUUACUAAUGUUGCUUCAGAAGCAACUUUUAGUGCUGGGAAAAGGAUUAUUGAUCCGAAAAGAUCUUCUAUGAAAACUAAGACAGUUGAAAUGGUGCUUUGUGGAGGUGAUUGGGUGAAGGAGAAAUAUGGAAUAAAGAAGGGGUGCACUGCUUCUAUUCUUGAGGAACCACAAGAUGAACCUUUGACAUAUCAUUUUGGUGAAGAUUUGGGUGUUUCAUCUACUGUUGCUGCAACUUGA